AUGGAGAGAGGGCAUGAGCCAGUAAGGAGAGGGGUCAGUUGGACUGGGCCUGGUGCCACAGCUACAACCAGCCUCAGCAGAGCCAGUGGGGGGAAAUUCCUGAUGGAGGCUAACUCCAGACUUGGAAGUAUUGAGAGGAGCAGCACCAACGUCUGGGAGAAGGAUGAUCAAAGUUGGGUCAAAGGGAAAUCUGGCCUGACCUCCAAGACCAGCCCAGAGGGCCGCAAAACAAAUCUUAGCAGAAGUGCCAGUUUAUCUGAGAAGGAGCUGAAGGAGGCUAGGACAAGAAGUCAGAUUAUCGCUGCUCAGCUGACUGUUCCAACCAAUUCAAACUCCAGAGGAGUCCAGCUGUUUAAUCGCCGCAAGCAGAGAGUCAACGCCUUUACCCUGGUGAGCUUCGGUGAGGGUGGGAGGGAAGACGCCCCCAAGAAUGAGAAAGAAUCAUCUCCUCAAAGUGAAUUGACAUGGGAGAAGACACAUCUGACUGACAUCAAGGAGAGAGAUUUGAAUAAUAAAAACAGUCAAACAAAGCUUCCUUGGUCAUCUGUAAAUUUACACAGUAUAGGAGGUACCAUGGAGGACCGAGGCGAGGCCGUACGUGAAGUGGAGGAUAUAGAUGACAGUGCACAGGAGAGAUGUUUUGUUCCUGUGAAUGAGAAGGAUGAGGAGCUCUCUGAUGCACUUGUAGAUCCAGUGAAGGAUGAGAUUACCCUGAGAGAUGAUAGCACUGCUGCUGUUAUAGGCAGUGCUUGUCAGGAGAAAGUUGAAAUAAAUGGGGGAUACUCUACCUCGGUGAACGCUCAUGGAGAGAUUCCAAACGGAUGUCACAGUGCUCAGACUGAUGGAAAAGUAGCCAAGACGGUGGCUAAGCAAACUGCCAUCAUAAACAGAACAGCUAGACCAUUUUUCUCCCCCACUACAGUGUGCUCCACAGGGGCCACCAGUCCAGAGAUGGACACUCCCCCUACUCCUUCCUAUUCUACCCCACCAAUCCCUGAUUUUCAAAAUUCUCCUCCCAUUGCAUACUCAGAACCACCUCCCUCUAAUUACACAGAUCCAUCGGCUUCAGCACCAUCAAGGUUAACUUUCUCCCCUCCACCACCUCCAUCCUAUCCAACACCUCCACUGCCUUCUUAUACAAGCCCAUCGCCACCUGCUAUCUCCAGCCCCCCUCCUGGAGCAUCAGCUAUGCCCUCCUCUCUGUCACCCUACUGUGUACCUCCAACAGCUCCUAGACCCACAUUUGUACCUCAGCUCUUGAAUGAGAAGAGGUCACUUACUCCCAGUAGAACAGGUAUUCUAGAUGAGGGCAGGGCACGAAGGGCAACGAGAAAGUCAAUGUUCACCUUUCAGGAGAAGCCAAAAGUUGACCCUAACCCUGAGCUGCUGUCUCUGGUCCAGGGAGUUGAUGAAAAGAAGAAAGUCAAAGCCCAGCCAGAGCCUGCACAAGAGGAAGAGCUGUUGGCCCUCGGUGCAGAAGCCUCAAAUUUCCUGGCCAAAGAUGAGGCCAGUCCUGAGGAGGCCAUGGUGCCAGAGUGGGCCUCUUGCUUAAAGAGUUCAAGGACUCAGGUUAGGAUGCAACACAAGCCUGAGCAAGCUCUUACUAAUGCUUCGGGAAAGGGGGCUGAACUUUUUGCCAAGCGCCAGUCCAGAAUGGAAAAGUAUGUUUUGGAUAGCGCAGCAUCAGAGCAGAUAAGAUCUCCCUCCCCGACCAUGUCUUUACCUCCCUCUUGGGUGUAUCCAUCAAACAUGCCAGGUCGGGUCAAAGCUAUAGCUAACUCCUCCAAUAUCAGCAUGCAGAUCUCAAGGACUCUUCAGGCCCAGCAGCCCACUCACAAAAAGAAUGUUCCGACUAAGGCCCCAGCUCCGGCACCAGUUCCAGAGACUCCAGCCUUGGAGAAUGGUUGCACUAAAAUUGAGAUGGAGCUGUCCAAGCAUCAACCCUACCAACUAAACUCUGCUCUGUUCAUCUUAAAUCCCGCUAAGGAUCCAGUGAGCACUCUACCGAGGGCUGCCCCACCUCCCAAGCCUGUGAUGACAGGACACUUGUACUCAAGGCAAACUUCUCUUCCCUCAAGUCCUUCUGGUACUUUCAACUCUUCGUCUGCCUAUAGAUCAGCCCACUGUUUUUCACCUCCCAUGAUGCCUCUCAGUCCCGUGAGUGACAUCAUACCUCCGACGUCAGCCAUAUCACCAGAGCGUGUGGCAUCUCCGCGGUCAGUUGUACAGGCGCCCAAACCUACUUUCUCUGCUACAAAGGCUGGCAUUGAACCUCAGAUAAAGGAAGAACGUCCUGCAACCCCCAUCACCUCAAGGACACCAAAUACCACUAGACGCUUCAGCAGCCCAGAUGGACCAUCCAGAGCGGUGUGGUCCCCCAAUUCUAACAGUACACGGGUGUCCUCCCCCAGAGCCCUGCCCAAAAGCAUGGCCAUUUCUCCUGUGUCUCCACCUUGGGAGACCAGCUGUCAGUCUCCCACCACCAUCCAGGAUGUCAAAGCGAACCACCGCCUGCUGGCCAAGAACAUCAUCAAUGCGGCCAAACGCAAAAACAGCCCAUCUCCGGGAGCGCUUAGCGGGCACAGCCUGCCCAUGUCUCCAGUGGGCAGUGGCCCUCUGCCUUACGAACACAAGCCCGUCAGCCCCUUCCAGCCGCGCUUGCUGGGAAGCCAAUCGCCAACCUUCACCAGCCCCCCACCAACUCCAACGCGGUUGGUCCGCUCACCCGUGCGCCUCUACAACACACGCUCAUUAACUGACUCUGAUGCUUCGGUGGAGUCAGAAGACUCAGGCCUGCGUUCAACUGGUCUCCGUACCUACAACACCUGUCCCCGUGGUUGGAGCGGAAGUCUGAAGAUAAAGAGGGGCAGCAUCCCUGCUGACCUUUAGAGAGAACACAGAACCAGAGACUUAUGAACUACAUUUUGAUAGUUCGUAUUUUAAUGUGGCCUUUAACAUUGAAUGUAAUUUCAGGAUGUCAUUAUUAAUUACAUCACC